AUGUCGGAACCUCUCACCAAGAUCGACUCUGCUGUUGCAGGUAUUCCAGCUUCUCCUGAGACGAAGAAGUCAAAGCGUGUCACCCAGGAUUCGGGUGUCAUGAACAUCAAUGAUCUAGAGAAGGAAGGAAUUGAACUGAAGAUUGCCCCAGAAACACAGAAGCUAAACUGGAAACUCAACACAUCUCCUGCAAGCUUAGAUGACAAAGACACCCUAAAGAAAUUCCUCACAACGCCCCCUGUCAAGAAGAUCGACCUUAAUUUCCCUCUUGGAUUACAUGUAACGGCUCGAAAUCUAAAAGGCGUAACAAUCAAAGACGCUUUAGAUGCGAUACACAAACAAUUCAAGAAGAAGGCUGAUGAUGAACUUGACAACCCCAUCCUGGCUGGCUUUGAGUGGGACAAGGAGGAAUCAUGGACAUGUUUAAUUGUACACCAGAAGAAAGAAGGUGCGCCCGUAAGCAAAAAGUCAAAGAAGAAGGGUGAUGCUGAGUGA